UCAAGGAACCAUCUUCUAUUUGUGCAUCGUUCACGUGCUUUCCAAUACCAUUACCUGGUCUGCUAAUCGUGACGCACCCAUUUCUAGUACAGGAACCAUGACUCUUUCUGUAACUGGAAUUGUAAUCACAGAUCAAGGCAGCAGCAUAAAAUGGUCAACUCCUCCGUUAAAUUCUUCGGUCUCGUCUCUACAGCUAACUGAGACUGGGAAUCUUGUGUUACUCGAUCAAUAUAAUGCUAUUCUUUGGGAAAGUUUUCGCUAUCCAACGGAUACAAUUGUGAUGGGGCAAAAAUUGCCCGUAGGGGUAUUCCUAUCCAGCGCGGUAUCAAGUAGUGACUUGUCAGUUGGCGGUUACUGGCUUUCAAUAACUGCCUCUGAUGCUUUACUGCAGUGGCAGAAUAUGACUUACUGGAAGCUAUUGAUGGGUGCCGCAGCUUACACAACCUCGAGUUACCCGGUGGAGUACAUGGCGAUGAACCAAACGGGUCUUUAUUUGUACGGUAAUAAUGGUUCUGCAGUUGUAAUUCAGGUGAACUUAUCUAUAUCAGAUUUUGGGAUUGCCAAGUUAGAUUAUUCUGGCCAGUUCAGUGUUAGUAGCUUAUCUGGUACUAAGUUCAACAAGGUAUUCACGGGGCCAGAUGAUAAAUGCCAAAUCCCAUUCAUAUGCGGAACCCUUGGCUUGUGUAGUGACGAUGUUGAUAAUCACAUAUGUUCGUGCCCAUCCAACUUCCAUUUCAGUUCACAGAGCCAAAAUCAAACUGUUUGUGUGCCAAAUGACAGUUCUUAUUCGUUGUCAAAUUCGUGUAAUUCAACUGAUACCAGCAAUACGGGUAACUCCUCGUUUUCAUAUUUGAGCCUUGGCUAUGGUAUCGACUACUUUGCUAACGAUUUCACGAGCCCUGUGAAGUACAGUGUAAAGUUGUCUGCCUGUGAAGAUCUCUGCUCAAUGGACUGUUCCUGCUUGGGAAUUUUCUAUGACAACUCAUCAAGUUCAUGUUAUUUGCUUCAAAACCAGCUGGGAUCAGUUAUGUCAACCGCCAGUAGCAAUAAUGAUCGCUUGGGUUUUGUUAAAACAAUAGUCAGGCCUUCGCCUGUUAAUAGUGAGCAAGCACUUGAGUUUCCCAAAGUUGCUCUAGUGUUGUUGCCUUUCAUUGGGUUCUUCCUUUUAGCUGCUCUUGGAUUCUUCUUGUGGAGAAGAUAUACAAGCUCUAAAACUGAGAACUUAAAUCUCAACAGUCAGGCCAUUCCUUUUUCGGAUGACUUGGAUGGCUUCUCCAUCCCAGGAUUACCUAUAAGAUUUGAGUAUGCAGAACUCGAGGCGGCAACUGAUCAGUUCAAGAAUAUUAUAGGGUCAGGUGGGUUUGGUGCAGUGUUCAAGGGUACACUCCCCGAUAAAUCACAUGUGGCGGUGAAAAAGAUCACUAAUUUUGGUGUUCAAGGGAAGAAGGAUUUUUGCACUGAGAUAGCCAUCAUCGGAAAUAUUCACCACGUCAAUUUGGUUGGGUUGAGAGGGUUUUGUGCUGAGGGGAGAGAAAGGCUUCUGGUUUAUGAGUAUAUGAACCGUGGAUCCUUAGAGCGCACCCUCUUUGGGAAUGGACCAGUCUUAGAAUGGAAAGAAAGAGUUCAAAUAGCACUUGGAACGGCACGUGGACUUGCGUAUUUGCAUAGUGGGUGCCAGCAGAAGAUCAUCCAUUGUGAUAUCAAGCCUGAGAACAUACUCCUCCACGACCAUUUCCAGGCCAAAAUCUCCGAUUUCGGGCUGUCUAAACUUCUGAGCUCUGAACUAUCUGGUUUAUUCACGACAAUGAGAGGAACUCGUGGGUAUCUUGCUCCUGAAUGGCUUACUGGCUCUGCGAUCUCUGACAAGGCUGACGUUUACAGUUAUGGAAUGGUUUUACUGGAAAUUCUGAGUGGAAGGAAAAACUUCUCUUUGCAAAGGCGAAGCGAAUGUAUGAAGGAUGAAGGUGGUGGUGGUGGGUACUCAUCAUCUUCUUCAGGACAAGGAAUUGUUUAUUUCCCCAUUUUCGCUUUAGAGAUGCAUGAACAAGGAAGGUACAUGGAACUUGCAGACCCCAGGCUCGAGGGGAGAGUCACUAGUGAAGAUGUGGAGAAGUUGGUGCGUGUGGCUCUAUGUUGUGCGCAUGAGGACCCGACACUUAGGCCAAAUAUGGUUAGUGUUGUUAGCAUGUUGGAAGGUGAUAUCCCUUCAGGUCAGCCGAAGUUGGAGUCGUUGAACUUUUUGCGAUUUUAUGGGCGUCGAUUUGCUGAGGCAGCUUGUACGAUAGAAGAGAAUAAUGGGGAAGUUGAUGUUAUAUUUCCACAAUGGAGUGCUUCUUUUACCAGUUCAAGGAGUAGCUUGCCUCUUAACUCCUCUCGGAUAUCAUCAUAG